UUCCGUAUACGAAGCUUUCACUCCACGCACUCUCAUUCACUGAGAAACUGAACGGGAAAAUUUAAAAAUUUUCAGGGAAAUUUCUCUCUCCGCUGCACUUGGGAGCCAAACAUUCACUUUACCCGUCUGAAAACCCUAAUUUGUCCUAACCCACCUCUCCAAAUCCCGCCCAAAUCACAGUCCAACCAUGUACUUGCCCGAAAAGCCUCGUCCACUCGAUUUCUACAAGGAAGAAGAAGAGGGCCGCGACAUGAUGAUCGAGGUGGUCUCCAAUGGCGGGCUUCCACAUCAGCAGCAGCAGAUGAUUCUCGGCGACAGCAGCGGCGAGGACCACGAACCCAAGGCCCCCAAGAAGCGAGCCGAGACUUGGGUCCAAGACGAGACUCGAAGUCUCAUAGCAUUUCGGAGAGACAUGGACUGUUUGUUUAACACUUCCAAGUCGAAUAAGCAUUUGUGGGAGCAGAUUUCGGCGAAAAUGAGAGAAAAGGGCUUCGAUCGUUCGCCGACUAUGUGCACCGACAAGUGGAGGAACUUGUUGAAAGAGUUCAAGAAAGCCAAGCAUCAAGAUAGGGGAAGUGGGUCGGCGAAGAUGUCGUAUUAUAAGGAAAUUGAAGAGAUUUUGAAGGAGCGGAGCAAGAAUGCGCAUUACAAGAGCCCCACCAUGUCAAAAGUCGAUCCCUUCAUCCAAUUCUCCGAUAAAGGUAUUGAUGAUACCAGCAUUCCAUUUGGACCAGUCGAAGUUCCCUGGUCUACAGCUAGUGGCAGGCCAACACUCAAUCUUGAGAGACAGUUGGAUCAUGAUGGACAUCCUCUUGCUAUAACCUCAGCUGAUGCAGUCACUGCAAAUGGAGUUCCUCCUUGGAACUGGAGAGAGACCCCUGGAAGUGGUGGUGAGAGUCAAUCAUAUGGUGGGAGGGUAAUAUCAGUCAAGUGGGGGGAUUAUACAAGAAGGAUUGGUAUUGAUGGCACUGCAGAUGCCAUCAAGGAAGCAAUCAAGUCUGCAUUCAGGUUAAGAACUAAACGUGGAUUUUGGCUGGAGGAUGAAGAUCAGAUAAUUCGGACUCUUGACAGGGACAUGCCUUUGGGAAGCUACAGUCUUCACCUUGAUGAAGGAAUAGGUAUAAAAGUGUGCCAUUAUGAUGAGUCGGAGCACAUACCAGUCCACACAGAGGAGAAGACGUUUUAUACUGAAGAAGAUUUCCGUGAUUUUCUGACCCGUCGGGGAUGGUCUUCUCUUAGGGAGUUAAAUGGGUACAGAAACAUUGACAAUAUGGAUGAUCUUCGUCCUGAUUCAUUAUACCGUGGGAUGAGUUAAAAAAGAGCAAGCGCGCAAAUGGGGCACACAUGCGCCUCUGCGCACCCCCCCACCACCCCCAACUUCCAACUUGGGUGGUGAGAAAGAUUUUACCAGUGAAGCUCUAAAAUGUUGUUUGACACAAGGGAAAGUAUUCUAAAGAAUGCUUCUUAAUUGUGCAUAAAAUAAAUAGUAGACAUCAUGUUUGAUUAUAGAGGAAUGGGAGUUUGGGUUUUUGUUUCCCUGGGACAUACCGUGGGGGCGCUUGUAAAUAGACUACACACUAUUCUCGCAAAUGUCAAUUUACGAUUGCAGUUGGUCUC